AAAAGAAAGUUAUACAUAUUAUAUAUAUAAACAGGAAAAAAGCGAUAUAUAUUAUAUUUUGGAAAAAGUGAAAAAAAAAACCAAAGGAUUCAAAGCUUUCAUCCGCAGAAAACUUCAUCUGAUUACCCUUUCCGUCAGACAUUCGUUAUUCGGAUGCUGGGAUUGUGUAAUCUGGUUGAAGUUUCGAAAACUUGGGAGGAUUAGGGUUUAACCGACUGCAAUAACUUGUCUAUUAAAGUUUGGGAAGAGUCUGAAUACUAGUCUGUCGUCCCAUGUUUUCUCUGUGUGGUGUCUGGUCAGUGGAAUCGGAUGGCUUUCCCCAUUCUGGGACUUCAUCGUAAGAGCCAAACAAGCAAAGUCCCUUUGUUGAUGGAGCGUGCAGAUACACGUAUUGGUAGUGAACAUGUUAUUGACAUUGCUAGUACCAGCGAUGCUUCGUCCAGUUCAUCACAUGAAAGGCAGUCGAAUGGCUUGGAGCGGCACCAAAGUGAAGAUCAGCCAUCUACUAGUUCAAGAGUUCCUGCAUAUCAACCUCAGCUCUUUUCUGGUGGACCAAUUUCAAGAAACUCAUCUCUCAUCCGGAGAGGAAAUAGUCGAGGCCGCCAAAGAAGUCCACUAAAUUCUGGCUUGUGGAUAUCGGUGGAGCUAGUGUUGACACUCAGCCAAAUUAUUGCUGCUAUUAUUGUCUUAUCUUUGUCAAAACACGAGAAGCCCCAUGCUCCUUUGAGAGCAUGGAUUGUGGGUUAUGCGUCUGGAUGUUUUUCAAUUCUUCCCCUUCUAUAUUGGCGAUUUAGAUAUCGAAACCAGGUUUCUGAUCUAGAUGCAUCUCAGAGUCGUGUGGAUCCUUCUCAGGGGAACAAUAAUGCUGGUCCCUCGAGUAGGAGAGUCGUGGAAGGGGAAGACCGACGAACAACUAGUACAACAACCAGAGGCAAUCAGAGUAACGGGAUACCAAAUGCAAGGCUUAAGGUAUUUGUCGAGUAUUUCAAGAUGACUUUGGAUUGCUUUUUUGCUGUUUGGUUUGUGGUUGGAAAUGUAUGGAUUUUUGGAGGGCACUCAUCUUCUGCCGAAGCCACCAAUUUGUACAGGUUGUGUAUAGUAUUCCUAGCCUUUAGCUGUAUCGGAUAUGCAAUGCCUUUUAUUUUGUGCACUACAAUCUGCUGCUGCCUCCCUUGUAUAAUAUCAGUCCUGGGCUUCAGAGAAGAUUUUUCGCAUAAUAGAGGAGCUACUCAAGAGUCAAUAAAUUCUCUCCCGAUCUAUAAAUUCAAAGUAAAAAAAGUUAAGAACAGCAAUGACAAAGAGAGUGAAGGUGGGAUAGUUGCUGCUGGAACAGAGAAAGAGCGUGCAAUAUCAGGAGAAGAUGCAGCCUGCUGCAUUUGCUUAGCAAAGUACGUAAACAAUGAUGAACUCCGCGAGUUGCCCUGUUCCCAUCUGUUUCACAAAGACUGUGUGGAUAAAUGGCUCAAGAUCAACGCGUCGUGCCCACUCUGUAAAGCUGACGUUGGUGAAACCGUUUUGACUUCCCUGACCGAAGCAACCGCCAACCUGCGAAACGGCAGCACUCUAUAAAUACUGCAGGUAUGAUAUCCAGAAUUAAUUGCUCAUGGUUGAGAUUUAGUUUUGGACCCCUCAUUUAAGUUUCAGAUGCCACAGAUGUUAUUGUGUAUUAGAGAAAAGAUUCAAAGAAAAUGAUGGUUAUGUAAUAGAAAGACUAAUAUCAGAUUAGAAGAUAUGCAUCGAGCUUGUUGUAUCGUUUAGAGAGCCUUAAAGAUUAUCGUUAAGGUUGUUAGAGUACCAAUAGAAUCGAGUUUGAACGAGCUUUGAUCGAGCCGAACAUGAGUUACAGUUACUGUUCUUUUUAUAUUUUGUUUAGUCCUUUUUGAGCU